AUGGGUGAAGGUAGUGAGCAAACAAGUUCCUUUAGCAGAGUAUCAGUUAGCAGAGUAUCAGCAGCCCUAAGGGAAUGUCGUUUUCCCCUCGAUCCCGACGAUGAUGAUCAGGCGGGCCAUCCUCGGCUGCUCGUAUCUCAUGGCUUAAACCUGAAAAACCACGCACUCUACGACAUAUCCAAAAACCAACACGUGGACUUAGACAUACCCGAGCUAAUCUCGAAGCUAGUGUUCUUCACCUCGUACAGUAAUUGGCUGGUCUUGAUCGACUUAUACAACGAUCUACGGCACCCCAUCCACGAUUGCGGUUGUUGUCUCCUUAACAUAACAUCCGGCCAAAGGAUUCGUAUCCCGCACAAGUGGAUAAAAAACUACGGCAUCGAGUGCGUCCUGUGCGGGCCCCCGACCGAGCCCGACUGCCACCUCAUCAUCCGUAAUAAUAACAACCUUUAUUACUGCCGCUUAGGCGAUGACUCCUUCAUUGACAUUGAGGCAGAGAGGUACAAUAACAAAACCGUGUCGACGGCUGCUAGUUUUGGCAGGAAAACCUAUUUGUUGAUGGAAAAUAGUUUGUUCGAGUUAGUGUUUCACGGCGACCGGAAGCCGAGCGUGGAAUGUGGGGAGGAGCUCGAGUUUGUUCCGGUGGUGCGUGUGGCGGCGGAGGAGCUCUGCACUUGGCCGGUGAAGCCGAGCGCCACCAAGGACUUCAUAGUCAAGUCGGUGGAAUGUGGGGAGAUACUUGUGGUUCGGGCGCUCGUGCAGAGGUACACGGACUUGUUUGAAAACGUGGCAUAUUUCAGGGUUUUCCGCAUAAUUAUGGGGAAAGGGAAUAAGGAGUGUGUGGAGGAGCUAAAGAGCAUAGGGGACCGUGCCCUUUUCUUGGGGAAGAACGGGAGCACGACGUGUCGUGCAGACAUGUCAUCGGGGGUUAAAAGGAACUCGAUAUAUUAUUAUUGGGAUGAAUGGGAUUUGUAUGUGUAUGAUUUAGAGGACCGGAGCACGACACUUCUCAGGCCGUGUCCGGUUAAGGGUCCUCUAUUCUUUUUGUGUUGGGUGUGA